UUGGAGCUGAGCAACAACGACCCUGAGAUUGAGGCCCCGCCCUCGUCCGUGCACGACCAUCUUCAAGGUGAAGUCCACGACUGGAUGUCCACAGUGUCUGGUAAUAUCGCUGCUGCUUCGGUCGUCGAAUUCUCAGAUGACGAGACCGAAGCUGGACCGGCUAUGUCCUACGUGGAGCGCCAGGCCGAUACCAUCAAGAAACUCUCUACAGAGUUCAAAUGUUGUACUUGUUACGACCGAUUCCCUCGUGCCUCUAUGGUAACAGCAAAAUGUGGCGACCGCUACUGUAUUGAUUGCAUGAAGGGUCUGUUCAUGCGGUCGACAAAAGAUGAGAGCCUUUACCCCCCCAGAUGUUGCAAGCAAAAGAUUCCGCUUGAUCUGAUUGCAAGGCACAUGGAGCCAAACGAACUGGCCACCUUCGAACUGGCGAUUAUGGAAUAUGCCACCCAAAAGAAGACGUACUGCAGCAACCCCGACUGUGCCACCUUUAUCGUCCCGGAUCGUAUCGAACCUGGUACGAAUCGAGCAGUGUGUCCGAAAUGCAGUGCAGAAACUUGUGCAAUCUGCAACCACGAGUUCCAUGCAGGGUCUGACUGCCCAGAUGAUCCCUUGCUACGACAGACGCGAGAAUUGGCUCGCGAGAUGGGCUGGCAAACCUGCAAUGCCUGCCAUCGAGAAGUAGACUUGCGUAGCGGCUGCAAUCACAUUACAUGUCGAUGUGGCGCUGAGUUCUGUUAUAUCUGUGGUGUUCGUUGGAAGGAGUGUACUUGCGCCACCGCAGAUCUUCAUCGCAUUGAAGAGCGCGCCGAAGAGAUCGUGGACCGAGACGCCCCGAACUUACUUCCCCAAGAAAGGCGCCAGCGUGUUGACAGAGUCUUCGCCGAGUUACAAGACAGGCAUGAAUGCGAGCAUUCUCGGCGCUUUGAGCGCGUCUUUUAUGGAGCGCCCAGAAGAGGCUUCCGAUGCGAGAUGUGUGACGCGCGCCAUCAUAAGUACAUCCUGCGAUGUCGCUAUUGCUAUGUCGAUGUCUGCGAAGAUUGUCGUCGCAACCGCAUC